AUGAUGAAAUCCACAUGCUCUGCCAAACUUAAUGAGAAAAAAAGAAUCUGCUACACCUGGGGCAAGGAUCAGUCUGCUGUAAUAUUCUCAGAUCCUCAGUUUCUCAAAACUCCUUCAUGUGAAGGCAACCAAACACAGCAGGCAGCAGUGUGUUUGCUCCCCGGUCACAGCAGUGUGCAUCAGUCAUGAGCCCUUCAGCCUGAGCUGACCAGACGUGCGCUAAGUGAACCUGACAUCACAAGUUCAGGUCUUUGGCAGUUGGAUGACGUUUUCAUGAUGUCUCAGAAAAGUCUGAGAGAUUAAUAAAAAGGCUAAUGCUAAAAAAGUGCUUGAAAAGGUAACAGUGGUAGGAUGCUGUGAAGAUGAAGAAAGGAUGCUGGAGGAAGAAAACAGGAAGAAACCUGGAGAAUUAUGGCAAAGGGGAUAAAUAUUAAAUAAGUCAAAUUACAUGAUGAUUGAAGAUAAUAAAGAGAAUGAAGACCAUGCAUCUGAAAGAGGAAGAACAGCCAUCAUCUUUUCAUUGAAAAAUGAAAUUGGAGGACUUGUAAAAGCAUUGAAACUCUUUCAGGAGAAGCAUGUAAAUCUGGUACACAUUGAGUCACGGAAGUCCAAGAGACGAAAUUCUGAGUUUGAGAUCUUUGUGGACUGUGACAGUGACAGGGAACAACUGAACGAGAUCUUCCAGCUUCUGAAAUCCCAUGUCAGUGUUGUCUCUGUGAACCCAACAGAGCAUUUCACUGUCCAGGGCAAUGACAUGGAGAAUGUGCCCUGGUUUCCAAAGAAGAUCUCAGAUUUGGAUAAAUGUGCAAACCGAGUGCUGAUGUAUGGGUCCGAUUUGGAUGCUGACCAUCCAGGUUUCAAAGACAAUGUCUAUCGCAAGAGACGAAAGUAUUUUGCAGACUUGGCUAUGAACUACAAACAUGGUGAUCCAAUUCCCAAAAUUGAAUUCACUGAGGAGGAGAUCAAGACCUGGGGGACUGUGUACCGAGAGCUUAAUGAGCUUUACCCAACUCAUGCCUGUAGAGAGUACCUUAAAAACUUACCCUUGCUCACCAAGUACUGUGGGUACAGGGAAGACAAUAUCCCCCAGCUGGAAGAUGUGUCCCGCUUCCUGAAAGAGCGCACAGGUUUCACCAUUCGCCCUGUUGCUGGAUAUCUGUCACCCCGAGACUUCUUGGCAGGCUUAGCCUUCAGAGUUUUUCACUGCACUCAGUAUGUUAGACACAGCUCGGAUCCUCUCUACACACCAGAGCCUGAUACAUGCCAUGAGCUCUUAGGUCACGUCCCUCUUUUGGCUGAACCCAGUUUUGCUCAGUUCUCCCAGGAAAUUGGUCUUGCAUCACUUGGGGCAUCAGAUGAGGCUGUCCAAAAACUGGCCACAUGCUACUUCUUCACUGUAGAGUUUGGCUUGUGCAAGCAAGAGGGACAGCUACGAGUGUAUGGGGCUGGCUUGCUCUCUUCUAUUAGUGAGCUCAAGCACUCUAUUUCUGGGAGUGCCAGAGUCAAGCCUUUUGAUCCAAAGGUCGUCUGCAAGCAAGAAUGCCUCAUUACAACUUUCCAGGAGGUUUACUAUGUUUCUGAAAGCUUUGAAGAAGCAAAGGAAAAGAUGAGGGAGUUUGCAAAAACCAUCAAGCGGCCCUUUGGGGUGAAGUACAACCCUUACACUCAAAGCCUGCAGCUCCUGAAAGACACCAAGAGCAUUGCCAGCGUGGUGAAUGAGCUGCGGCAUGAGCUGGACAUUGUCAGCGAUGCCCUCAGCAAGAUGGGCAAGCAGCUGGAGGUUUAACGCUCUUGUCAGCAGUGUGGUGCAGUCGGCAACUCCUUUCUUUUCCCUGCUGAUUUCUCUCUAGGCAUUUAAUGUGUUGCAUGCAGAGCUCUCUCCUUUACAAAUGGAAGAGUGAAUGGCCCAUAGGACAACAACUUUAUCUUGUUUCUCUGUGUAAAGUCCCUUACAGAAUAUAUUCCUCCAUCCCCCUUGGAUUAAAAAAUAGCCUGGAGCUGCGUUUGAGAAGCUGACGGGGGAAUAGAGAAAUUGCUAGACUGGAGAAAAGUGUGGUCUGGGGAUCAAAGCUGGGAUAAGAUGCUGGAAAAGGUGGCUUAUGAGGCAAUAAGGGAAUGAUUUGCCGUAAGGAAAUGUCUGUUUCUGACUGGUAGUCUGUGCUACUAAUUUUACAGCAUUGCAGUCUUGAUAGCAUAGAAGCUAUAGUAAUCGCUGCUUCUAUGUCUGUGCUACUGAGUUCAAAACUUGAAUGAUUACAGCACAGGCAUCAGGACACCCAUAGCUGGAGGUUCCUCAUAAUACUAAGGGUUCAAAUCUUGCUUUCAACCGGAUCGUCCCUGCCCCCAAAGAACUGCACAUCUUCUGUUUGGCAUGCUUCUAGCGUAAGGCAAGAGAUACAGAGCUGCUGCACAAAAUCCUAUUUUUGUUUAUUUUAAGAGAGUUGCUGUAGGCUCAGGGAGUCAGGAUGUUUGUUGCUUUCCUUGAUAUUGCACCUGAGGGAAGGCCUUAAAGAAACUGCUAUUUGCCUUUUUCCUGAUCGAAUUAAUUUAGCAAGAAAAUAGAGCAAGCCAUCUGGUGUUGACUUAGCACAAAGGCUAAAAUAAUUUCCAAAUUACAAUUUAAUAUUCAAAAUAGUUUAAUUUGCUCUAAAAUGACACCAAAGUUUGACAUAACAGCCAAAGUUCAUAGUCCAGUUGUCUUUCUGUAAGAGUAAGUCUCCUGUUGAUUGCUUGGUCACUUUAUUGACCUGCACAAAGAUAAGUUUGCUUUCUUCUUUACUAGCCCUUCCACACCUUCAUUCCCUAACAAGCAAAUGAUGACCAAAAGGCCUAAGCAUUUUGUAGGAACUCUGUGGCUACGAAUGGAACAAACUGAUUUGUAGUGUAAAGUAUGUCUCAUUCCAAAGAGCACUUUACAAGAGGUGGGAAUCAGUGUCCUGCUGAAUUGUUUGUAUCACAUAGUAACAACACUAUUUCAGGGCUCUGUAGUUUCAUGCAUCCUGCAUAGCUAUACAACGCUGUGCUGGCUGCUGUUUUCUCCCAGCCCUGCCAGUGAAAUGGGUACAGGACACAAUACAUCUGAGUGAAGAUCUGUGAUAUGCAGGGUGUAUUUAAUAGCACACUAGGCACUGAGCUUAUCGGGAAAUCCAGAAUUCGCAGCUAUCAGAGUUGCUGGAAAAAUGGGCCAAAAUCAUAAGUACACUGGAGAUGCUAAUCCAGGAUUUUGAGAACUUGAAAGGACUUUCAUGAACCUCUGUGCUUGGAAAUCAGUUUGAGUUUCAUGUGUUUUCUAAUAGGCCACACAGGCAAUUGCUGACCCAAUCUUUCCAAGCAUAAUCACUGUUUAAUGUAAGUCUGGAUCAUUUUUUUCCCUGUGACUAUUAAUCCACUCCAACUUUAUUUUUUGAAGAACAUUUAAGACAUAGAAAUGCAGUCUACAGCAUUUAUGGCUUACAUUAUACACUGAGAUAGAUUUUAGGAGCUUUGUCUGUUUGAAGAACCCUUCUUAUUGCUGAGUAGUAAGGGAGGAUUUAUUUCAUCUGCUUCUGUGGGAGCAGUAAAUAUUCAGCCACAUUUUAAAAACCCUUGCGAUUGCUAUGUUGGUGACAUAUAGGUAGAUCUGUGUUACUUCAAAUAAUUGAACUGUGUGCAAACAUUUCAAGUAGGAAACCUUAUUCUUGAUAAAUUGGUACAUAAUUUUCAAUACUUUGGAAAAACAGCAAUUGUAUCUUUAUUUGCAUUUGUGCAGCAAAUAAACCCACUUAACUGCUAAAAGUAAUAGAGAAAAUGCAUUUCCAUGGCAUCAGUAACAUCUAUGUUUGGCUUCACACAUCCAAAUCUUCUUGUUAUGUAUAACUGUAAUAAUUUAAAUAUUUUAAACUGUCGUGGAGGCUUUAAACGUCAGUUAAAUAAAUGACUUGUUGGUAAUCACUGGAAG